UUUUGCUUUGGGGUGGGGUGUUUUUUAGCCAUGAGUAGGAGCAGCUGGUGGAGGAAUCAUGAAGGCAUAUUGACAACUUUUUACCCUUUGUUUUUAGGCCAAGUAGUGUCUUUUGUUAGGGCUCUCAUUAGUUUUGCUUCCUCUCUAGUGGCAAAUCUUGGUGUAAAUACUCCACUUUCUCUGUCAUUCUUCACUUACACAGCAUUAGCUUUGGUGUAUGGAGGAAUCAUGAUUUACAGAAGGCAGAAAUUACAGAUUCCUUGGUAUUGGUAUGCCCUUAUAGGCUUUGCUGAUGUCCAGGGAAGUUUUCUUGUAAAUAAAGCAUUUCAGUACUCAUCAAUCACCAGUGUGACCAUACUGGAUUGCUGGACUAUAGCUUGGGUGAUGAUUUUGACGUGGCUAUUUUUAGGCACACGAUAUUCUCCAUGGCAAUUCUUUGGUACAGCAGUCUGUUUAGGUGGUCUUGGACUUGUGCUUCUAUCAGAUGCUAAGGCGAGUGAUGGAAGUGCAGGCGGUUCCAAACCUAUUCUUGGUGAUAUAUUUGUCAUCAUAGCGACAUUUUUCUUCUCCGUGAGUAAUGUUGGUGAGGAGUUCUGUGUGAAAAAGAAAGAUCAUGUUGAAGUGGUUUCCAUGAUUGGUCUUUUCGGCUUGCUUGUUACUAUAACUGAGAUACCAAUCUUGGAAAGGAAGAGUCUGGAGUCAGUCAAGUGGUCUGCAGAGCUUAUAGUAGCCUUCUGUGGCUAUGCAGUGGCAAGCUUUAUGUUCUACACGUUAGUUCCGUUUCUUCUCAAGAUGAGUGGCUCAACCUUGUUCAAUCUAUCUCUUCUCACAUCUGAUGUGUGGGCAGUUGUCAUUAGAACCUUUUCCUACAAGCAAAAGGUUGAAUGGCUGUUUUUUGUAGCUUUUGCACUAGUGGUUACUGGGCUGAUCAUAUACUCGAAAACUGAGAAGGAUCCUGUAAAUGCAUCAGCUACUAUUGAAGAAGCAAAUGCAGAUGAUCAAAGGUACCAACUUCUCAAUGAAGAUGAAGAGACAUGAAGCUAGUUGUAUAAUCAAGAUUCAGUGUUUACUUGUUACGUUUCGCUUCACGAGAAUCAAUUUGAUUGAAUACUAAAACUUGUGAUUUGGCUCUCGAGAAGUGCAACACGACAAGUAAAAGUGAAUAGAGUGAGUAUAGAAUUAUUAAACCACAAAACAGUUAUUAUGAACUACACAAGACUCAACUUGUUAGAUAUUACCGAGGUUUGGUGAGUAGCAUGUUGAAUCUAUGAUCUCUAUCAUUUUCGGAUAUGUACUCCCUCCGCUGC